CAUACUCCGAUCUUGAUUACAUUUUCUACUCUCUUUCGCAUCAGAAAAAGUCCCUCACUCGGAUCAAAGAUUGAAUGAACGUGGCUGAUUGAUACCACACCGUACCUGCAUUCAUUGUUCACUUACACCAUCAUCAUCAUCAUCAAUACUUUUCGUGUAUGAUUGACUAGAUGAUGCUCAAAAGGUAAUCUGUCAAGAUGUCAACGUCAUUUCAUUAUCCUCAAGUGGAUCUCAAUAACGUCACAGCGAUUGCAGAAUGGUAUACGACUCAUCAUAUCCCACAAAGAUAUAAUGGUGCAAUCGUCUUUGCUUCCGUUUUUGUGGCCAUUCUGGGAGCUCAUUCCACUUUGGUCAUCUUGGGUAAACGAACUGGUAAUACAGGUACUCGAAAUGCAUUACUCUUGCUCUGGGCUGCAAUGACAAUGUCUUGCGUCGGAAUUUGGGGAAUGCAUUUUAUCGGAAUGAAUUUCAGAUUGGAACCUGUUCCAGGUAUUAGUUGGUACGUUGCCUUUUCGCCGGGUUUUACUGUUUUCAGUCUCAUCGUUCCUUUUAUCGCUCUCAUUUUGGCCUUCGUUUUCGUCGAUUAUUUCACUUUACGAAUUUGGAGAAUCGCUGUGAGCGGAAUCAUGACUGGUUGCAUUGUUGGAUUGAUGCACUAUUCUGCUUCGAUGAAGUGUAACUUCAACGUCUCUUAUGCUCCAGCUCAAACUGUCAUUUCAAUCGUUUUAGCAUGCGUAUGUGCAAUCAUUGCUCUCACUCUGUUCUUCCGCUUACGUGCUCAAUGGCAAGACUCAUGGCAAAGACGAUUGCUGUGCUCCAUCAUCUUGGCUGUGGGUGUGAGUGGAAUGCAUUAUACAGGAUCGUCAGGAACAAGCUACAGAGUUAAACCGGACCAACUUAACAACCUCUCCAAAUUGGAUUCAAGUCGUCAUGGUAAUGUGACCGUGGUGAUCAUUGUGGCAGUGAUGUGCUUUGUGAUCUUUGUUGCUAGCACAUUCAUUUCCGUCCUUGAUGCCCUACGUGCCAGAGAAACACGUAAAAGGGCUAGAAAGAUUGUUUUGGCUAGUGCAUCUUUCGACCAUUUAGGAAGACUCCUUGUUCAAGCUGAUGGAAGCUUACCUUUGGUUACAUUGGAAGAAAAGACUUUACGUCACAGCGAAGUCCUCGAUGCUCUUGAUUCCAGAAGUGAGACCUUCCAAUGGCUUUUCUCAAUCAGUUGGGCUUGGAAUAUUGUUGUCCCCUUCUUGGACGCUAUUGCAAAACGAGUUGGUGACCACAAAUCAGGCUCUUCAGCAGCUCACGAUCAUGCUACGUGCAAAGAGGGUGAGCCUUGCAAUCAUGCGUGGCACAUUCGCUUAGCUCGUACUUUACAUAUCGACGUAGCAACAAGACGUGCAAGACAAGAAGAGAAACGUGCUAGGAUGGCAGCCCUUGCUGCUAAUGCAACUUCAUUCAACGCGGGUGUGGCACACAAUACAAGAUCUAUCGCUUUGCUAGACUUCCGUGAUCGAGUGGUAGACGCAGCAAGACGAUUAUCAGAACAACUAGAAGUAUCACUAGAAGAAGUUGGUGUAUUCUAUGAUCGAGUUCUACCAACAGGAACACAAAAGAAUCAAGGACCAAGGUCAAGUCUUGUACGCCGACAACAACAAUUGCACGCAUUGCGAGAGAAGCGUAACAGUAACAUUUUCUCAUCUUCAGCUGCAAACGUAGAGGAAGAUGAAGAAGCUAGCAUUUCCACCAGCAGAGUACCAAGUAUCUUUGCAGAUGGUGACGAUGACGAUGAAGGUGUCUCUAUGUUCUUGGUAAGAGAGAUGCCACCUGCACAGCAAUUGGCAUUUGCCAAGAAAGGAUACAGAUUCACCGAAACUCGAUUCUUGGGAACCGUUCUUGCCGAUCGUCACGGUGUAGGAAAGACAAAGAUGGAAGAAUUGUUGGAUGGCUUACGGUUGUAUGCCAAAAGAGGUACACGGCCAGUAGUUCAACCUGGUGGAGUGUACGCUGGUCUUUUUGGUGUUCGACCAUCCAUGACAGCACGUCAAGGCGGUUUAGAUGUAUUGGUGUAUGGAUUUGCGCAUCAUCAGAUACCCGCUUUCCGUUUACCAGACGUUCACAAGAUGACGAGUGAGAUGCGAACAUUUUUGCGUCUUUUAGAUCAAAUGCCUGUCGAUCAAGCAUUACGUGUUUGUGAACGUGAGUCAAUUCGAACGGCAGAAAGGAACAAAGCGAUUGCUAGACUCCUUCUUGACCAGGCUCAACAAUCUCAAUUGCAAGGACAAGCUCAGCCAAACGAUAAAUCUCUCGAUCGUUCAAAUUCAGUGGCUGGCACAACUGUUUUAGGUGACAUUAGCGGGAACUCUACAAGUGACGAUCAUUUGAAACAUGUGAUGGAUCUCCAAUCCCAAGAAGCAUCUUUGCAAGCUUUCCAAAUUGCACUUUAUACCGCUUUGGAAGCUCUGAUGCAAUCUGUACGGGUAUUUCCAAAGCUCAUGUCUACCGCUCGUAUCAGUGCAAAUGUUUUGGAAGUUCCUUCAAGCCUGGAUGACGCAAAGCCACCUGCACAUGUAAUCUUGGUACAAGCAGUUUUGCCAAUCGACAAAACCUCAGGCAUUGCUCGCUCUUCAGCUUCUGUUUUGAGCGGACUUGUGGGACAAACUACUUCUUAUGGAACGGAAUCUCAGGAACGAAGUGUUAGUUCGGCACACAUCAAAACAGGAUCAUCUUUAGUCAUGCCAACAGAAACCGCUCAACAUGGCACUCCGUUCGUCUUUACGCCUUAUACUUUAUUCAACAAGAUGCAAAUGAUGCUUUUACGCGGACGUACUGCACAAGCAUUCAGUUUGGAAGUUCAACAAGCGCUAAGCGAUCGAUAUGAUGUCAGCUUAGCAGAAUUGGAGAUCUUUAAAGCCGCCGAGAAAGGAAAGGAAUUCAGUGAGAUCUCGCCAGCGGGCAUGGCAGACGAUCAGAUGAGCGAACGUACCUCUUUCGAUAAGAGCAGAGAAGACGAAGCGGACGAAAAGCUGGCAGAAGGCGAUGUUACUGCCUCAGAUGGAGAUCAAGGCAGACAAUGGAUGCCACAAUUGAGUAUGUUUGGCAAGAAUAUCAGAAGACAAUCCAAAAUUUUCUCCCACCGCAAGCAAUCAGUCGAUGAUAAUGAUCAAUCCGAGAUGGAUGUAGUGACAAAACAAGAAGAGAACCAAACUCAAGUCACUUCACCACCUCCAUCUUCUGACCUAGUCAUCGCUUCCUCUGUUUCAGCUUUGGCUUCAGCUCCACAGUAUCAAGGAGAAUCACUAGGUAUCCGUCGAUUUACGGGAGACAAUCAGAUUGCCAAGAGUCCCGAAAUGGAUCAAAGUAAAUUUGCUCGUCCUGCUGAGGAGACUGUGCCAGCCGUGACAUUCUCGCAACCUAGCUAUCCUCCUUCGGCAAGCCGUAGUCACAGAAUUCAAGGUAAUGCGAGCGUAAGACGAUCAAGUAGAUCAGACUCAGCUCCUAUGGCACCGCCAAGAAGGUUAUCUAGCAUGGAGAUGACUGAUCAAGCUGCAAUGCAAGAUGUACCAUUAGUAGGACAUGGCUCACCCAUCACACGUGCAAGGAGCAAGACAAUCGGAUCCACCAGACCACCAAGUUCAGCAUCAAAGGCUUUACGUAGAUUGUCAUCUUCGCAGAUUAUAAUUGUAGAUGAAGGUAUUUCUUCUUCACCUGAUGAUCCACAAUCGUCUAAGCAGUCUCUCGAUGGAGGUGAAAGCAAUCAUCAAGAGAGUGGAGGAGCGUUCUCUUCUAGAAUUCCGUUCGUCAAUGCUCUCGGCUUGCCAAGACGUCCACAAACGGCUCAAUCUACCACACGACCAGGAAGUGCGAAUGAAAUGGCACGUACUGGCAGUAUUCAUGGAUCCGUAAAAAGUUCAACGGGUUCAGCUGAUCCAACGAAUGCAAACAGCGCUCCAGCUUCAACGACGAAUGCCGGAAACGAUCUUGAAAGUAUUCAAGCCAGACAAGCAAGACAAAAGUUGGACAAUUGGCAAUUACGUCAAUUACGCGAUUUGGAACGUUUUCAACCAAACCUUUUGUUGGGCGUUUUACCAACAGAGUAUUAAUUCGAUUUCCUCUUUCGUAACUCUUUCCGUACAUACUUUAUACUCGAACAUAAACACCACAUGUCGAGUCACUUUUCCUUUUAUACCUUAUUUUCCGCCGUCAUCGUCGUGCAUCUGUAUCAUUUAUCAUUUCAGCAUUCGUUUCGUGUGUACCUAUCAAUGAAUCUCACUUUUACGUUCUUCG